AUCAUACUACGCCGAUACCAUGGAACACACCAAGCACAGUCGCGGCUGAACUGCUCCAUCGUCUCACGGCAGCAUGGAGGAGUGGACCAAGGCUGCCAGCGUGAUCGUUGGGACUCUCAUGAUGUUUUCCCUCGGGUCGGCCUAUGCAAUCUCGUCGUGGAAUGGUCAGAUGAAAGACGCGCUCGAGAUGACGCAGAGCGAGAUCGCAGCUGUCGCUGCUUGCUUCACAUUUGGCCAGUACAACUCCAUUUGGGCUGGAUUCUUCUACGAUCGAUUUGGUGUCAGGUGGACAUCUUUGGUGUCAGCAGUGAUGCUUGCGACGUUCUACUGGUUGGCGGCGUUUCUCAGCGCGACCCCAUCGGCUCCGCACUGGGCAAUGUCGGCGUGCUUUGUUUUCAUUGGCCUCGGUCACGCGUUUCCCGCGGUAGCAGGCAUGGCGGCAAAUGAAGGCGUCUACGGUCAAAUCCAUCGAGGCAAGAUCAUGGGACUACUGGUCAGCAGCUACAGUGGCGGCGGGGCAGUCUUUGCCUACAUCUACCACACGUGGUUUGACCACGACGUCGACGCCUACUUCACUUUCAUUGGGUCGUCGCUCUCGCUUUUGUGUAUCUUUGGCGCUGUGUUUCUCCAAGCCAGGGGUCACCAUCAUGUCCUCGAGCGAGACGAUGAAGCGAUGCCUCUUGAGCGAAAGGACGAAGUCGGGCGAGACAUCACGCUGUGGCCGUUGGUGCAAACCGCCCAAUUCUGGCACUUGUUUGUCGUGGUGCUUGUUGGUGUGGGGUGCCCGCUCUUCGUCAUGAACAACCUGAGCUUCCUCGUGGAAUCCAACGGCGGCGACGUCACCCACGUCCCGACGCUCGUGUUGCUCUUCUCGCUCUUCAACCUGGUGGGACGGUUUGCAAUGGGAGCAAUCUCGGAUGCGUGGCUGUCGACGGUGCCUCGGAGCUACUUUCUGACUGCCAGUGUCGUGUUGGUGGGGGUGGUCCAGCUGUCGUUCGUCGUGUGCCCUGUCGAGUACAUGAUGGUUCCAGUGGUGCUGACGGGAUUUGGAGAAGGCUGCGUCUUCGGCCUCUUUCCCGUACUGACUCGCGAGUUGUUUGGCCGACGGCACUUUGGCAAGAACUACGGCCUCGUGAGUCUCGCCAACGCGGUGGGGUUUCCUCUCGUGCUGGACCCGCUCUCGUCUGCGCUCUACCGCGUGCAACUCACCCCCGGCACGGAAAAGUGUUUGGGCAGCGGGUGCUUCACUCCCAUGUUCUUCGUCACGGCGGGGCUGAGUCUCGUGGCCACGUUUAGCUCGACGCGAUUGCAUUGAGAACUCCAACGCAUCACAAAUUCAAGAGUUCAUGCACGGGUCGCCGUCGUACUUGUGAGUUGUGCCAUGAUUUUUGAACAGGUUGUUGUCGUUUCCAAACCGACGCAUGGUCCAUGUUCGCCCAAGGAUGGCUCCUCCCUGCUCGCAAGCAGACAUGUUGAAGUAACAUCCCGCGUUGUCCGAA